GAAUGCGAUUUCGUUCGUGAAAAUAUUACGAGUACUUCGCGUUCUAAGGCCUCUGCGUGCCAUUAAUCGUGCCAAGGGACUUAAGCAUGUAGUUCAAUGUGUAAUAGUGGCUGUCAAGACAAUUGGAAAUAUUGUCUUAGUGACUUGCCUUCUGCAAUUCAUGUUUGCCGUAAUAGGAGUCCAGUUAUUUAAGUAUGUUGUGAAAUGUGUUGUAGUUGCAAUAAAAACAAUCGGUAAUAUCAUGCUAGUUACCUAUUUGCUACAAUUUAUGUUUGCCGUCAUUGGAGUACAGCUUUUCAAGGGAAAAUUCAGUUCUUGCUCGGAUGGCUCAAAAAUGCUUAGAGAAGAGUGCUUCGGCACCUACUUGUUUUACGAAGAUGGAGACGUGCAUAAGCCUCGGUUAAUGGAGCGCAUAUGGAGUCGAAAUAAAUUCCAUUUUGACGAUGUAGCUAAAGCUAUGCUAACUUUGUUCACAGUGUCAACUUUUGAGGGAUGGCCUGCGCUCUUAUAUGUAUCUAUUGAUUCAAACGUCGAAAAUAAUGGACCCAUACACAAUUUCCGUCCAAUUGUUGCUGCAUAUUAUAUAAUUUACAUAAUUGUAAUUGCUUUCUUCAUGGUGAACAUCUUCGUCGGCUUUGUGAUUGUAACAUUUCAGAAUGAAGGUGAACAAGAGUACAAAAAUUGUGAUUUGGACAAGAAUCAAAGAAAUUGCAUAGAAUUUGCACUUAAAGCGAAACCAGUGCGGCGGUAUAUUCCCAAGCACGGUAUACAAUACAAAGUAUGGUGGUUUGUCACGUCAUCCUCCUUUGAAUACACUAUAUUCAUUUUAAUUAUGAUCAACACUGUGACACUUGCAAUGAAAUAUCAUAAUCAGCCGCCGUGGUAUACAGAGCUGCUAGAUGCUCUAAAUAUGAUUUUUACGGCAGUUUUCGCGUUGGAAUUCGUAUUUAAGUUAGCUGCCUUCCGUUUCAAGAACUACUUUGGAGAUGCGUGGAAUGUUUUCGAUUUCAUUAUAGUGCUUGGUAGUUUUAUUGAUAUUGUUUAUUCUGAAAUAAAGAAUAAAGACAAUUCGUCUCUGGCUUGUGACAUCGUGGAGGGAUGUAAAGCUAAGGCCAAGGCAGGCUCAAACUUGAUUUCAAUAAACUUCUUUCGAUUAUUUCGCGUCAUGCGACUGGUUAAACUCUUAAGCAAGGGCGAAGGAAUAAGAACCCUUCUAUGGACAUUUAUUAAAUCAUUUCAAGCGCUUCCUUAUGUCGCCUUACUUAUUAUAAUGUUGUUUUUUAUUUAUGCUGUUAUCGGAAUGCAGGUUUUCGGAAAAAUUGUUCUGGAUGACGACACGGCCAUACACCGGAAUAAUAACUUUCAAACUUUUCCCCAAGCAGUGCUGGUUCUUUUUCGAUCUGCUACAGGGGAAGCCUGGCAAGAUAUUAUGAUGUCAUGCUCUACCGAUGAAGAUGUACAUUGCGAUCCCAACUCAGAUGCGCACAAAGACUGUGGAUCAAACAUUGCAUUUCCUUAUUUUAUAUCCUUCUACGUACUGUGCUCUUUCUUGAUUAUCAAUUUAUUUGUUGCUGUUAUUAUGGAUAAUUUUGAUUAUCUAACACGCGAUUGGUCAAUUUUGGGACCACAUCACUUAGACGAAUUUAUACGCCUUUGGAGUGAAUACGAUCCUGAUGCAAAAGGUCGCAUUAAGCAUUUAGAUGUGGUUACACUUUUGCGUAAAAUUUCGCCUCCAUUGGGUUUCGGAAAAUUAUGUCCGCAUCGCAUGGCAUGCAAGAGACUUGUAUCUAUGAAUAUGCCACUUAAUUCUGACGGAACUGUUCUUUUCAAUGCUACAUUAUUUGCUGUUGUACGAACUUCUCUCAGCAUAAAAACAGAUGGGAAUAUAGAUGAAGCUAACGCAGAGUUGCGUGCAACAAUAAAACAAAUUUGGAAACGCACUAACCUUAAGCUCUUAGAUCAGGUAGUGCCGCCACCAGGAAAUGAUGACGAGGUUACAGUUGGAAAAUUCUAUGCGACGUAUUUGAUUCAGGAUUACUUCAGACGUUUCAAAAAACGCAAAGAGCAGGAAGGUAAAGAAGGACAUUCAGAAAACGCGACCAUAACAUUACAAGCUGGCUUACGGACGUUGCAUGAGGUAUCGCCAGCAUUGAAGAGAGCUAUAUCCGGAAACUUAGACGAAUUAUCUGAGGAGCCUGAACCAAUGCACAGACGACACCAUACUCUUUUUGGUACUGUGUGGUCAUCCUUCCGGCGACAUGGUAACAGUUUUAGACAUGACCGAAAAAAUCAAAAAACGCAACUUAAUGGAAAUGUUAGCGGUGCCGAAUCAACACCAGUCGGGACAAACUCUUUUGAAGCGAAUGCCAUGUACGACGUCAAUCGCUGUAGUGUAGCUGAUAGUAUAAAUCAUAUAACAAAAAGUCUUAUGCAAGCACGUUUCGGUUCUCAACCAACCGAAAGUAGUGGCAGCAAUAACGCUGAUUACCAUGAUUUCAAUGUUCGUGGUGAAAUGCGAACUUUUAGUGAAAGCAUCUCCAUGCGUCCACUUGUAAUGAAUAGCGGCAACGACGGCAGUGCAAUGAUUACUCCGACUUCAGGGCGUAUCUCUAUCCAAGGUAGUCCAAUAGCUGGUGCAGAAUCCUAUGAGUGA